AUGUAUGUGAAAUGGUUUGAUACAGUAAUGUUUUACUAUGUGAUUUUAGUGUAUUGAGUGAAUGUCACUUUUUGACAUUUUUUAAUUUUCCCACCAGUUCCGUCCCCAAGCGUCCUGACGUCGCAGGGAACAGAACCCGGAAGACAGAUGCCGGCAUCGGCCGGAGGACAUUGCAGGGGACACUGCAGGAGGGACAUCGUGGGAGCGCAGGACAAGGUAAGUGCAGAAGGGAUCCCGGAGCAACGCUGCAGGGUAUUCCCGAGUGUAGCUCGGGGUUACCGCUUGUGCUACACUCGGGAAUACCACCAGGGAGGU